GUCCUGGUCCUGAUAGACCACUCAGACCACAUCAGACCACAUCAGAGGUUGCUGCUGCUCCUCAAAUAACUCAAUCAGCCUGAAGAAAACUACAAAAACCUGACUCCUGCUGCGACUCUGUGCCAUGGAUCUGAGUCUGGAUCUGCAGACUAACUCAGUGGAUUAUCUUUGAUUUCUGAGUGAAAAAUCAGAUUUAUUUUACUGAAGAAAACCACUGAAAAACCUGAGAUGUUGAACUUUAGAUGCUUUAUUAUGUGCGUUUUAUUAUGUUUUAUUCCACAGUGUCAGAGUUUAGGUGUGGUUGACCGGGAUGGACUGAAGUUUUUAGAGAAUAUUUUACGUUAUUAUGGUAAAAAUAAUUCAAUCUCAGAGGAGAAUCUGGGUGAUUUACUGCUGUUGAUCUCAGACAGAAGAUAUGAGGCGAUAACUGAAGGGAAUCCACUGGCAGACCAGGAGUGUCCCUCAGCAGAGCAGAUCUUGUCCCACUUUGGGUUCAGUAAUGUCAGCCAGCUGACGGUGGGACAUCUGGGGAGGAUCUGCCCAGCUGUGUUGACCCAGGUGCUGCUGCCCUCCUGCCCCUACACCGCCCACAAGGCUGUGCUGCCCCUCGACUACUCUGUGUGGGGUUAUGGGUUCCUGGCGGUCACUGUGAUCAACCUGGCGUCUCUGCUCGGCCUCUUCCUGAUCCCCUUCACCAAGAAGUCUUAUUUCCCCAAAGUGUUGACCUAUUUCAUCGGCCUCGCCAUCGGGACGCUCUUCUCCAACGCCGUGCUUCAGCUCAUACCGGAGGCUCUGGGUUUUGAUCCCAAAGUGGAUAACUAUGUGUCGAAUGCAGUUGGAAUAUUUGGAGGGUUUUAUAUCCUGUUCUUCAUGGAGAAGGUACUGAAGAUGGCUCUCGGGGUCGAGCAUGAGCAUGGCCACAGCCACUUCACUCCUGCAGACCCGCCUCAAGAAACCUCCCUCCAGAACGGAGACUUAGCGGAGAAAAAGGACUCCAUCGUUUUGACCAGCAUCAACACCAUCGCCACAGACAGGAGCAGCCCUAACCCAGAGUCUCCGCAUACAAACCAGGAACUUUCUCAGGAAGUCCAGGUGUCCUGCUCCUGGCUGCGUGGGCAGCGCAUCUCCAACAUCAAGACAGUGGCGUGGAUGAUAACCUUGAGCGACGCGCUGCACAACUUCAUUGAUGGCCUGGCUAUCGGCGCCUCGUUCACUGUGUCGGUACUGACGGGGUUCAGUACAUCCACUGCCAUCGUGUGUGAGGAGUUUCCCCACGAGCUGGGUGACUUUGUGAUCCUGCUGAACUCCGGUAUGAGCGUCCCACAAGCCAUCUUCUUCAACAUGCUGUCGGCCCUGUCGUGUUACGUCGGUCUAGUGUUCGGUAUCCUGCUUGGGAGCAACUUUGCUCCCAAUGCAAUCUUUGCCAUCGCAGGAGGAAUGUUCCUGUACAUUGCACUGGCAGACAUGUUUCCAGAGAUGGAAAACAUAUUACGGGAACAGAAGCGGACUUCCACCAAGAUCAUCUUCUUCCUGAUUCAAAACGCAGGGCUGCUCACCGGCUUCUGCAUCAUACUGCUGAUCACCGUGUUUGCAGGGGACAUCAAACUGGGCUAGAAAGGAGAGAGACAAUGGAACAAAAACUAUAUAUAUAUAAAACCAAAAUAAAAAUAAUGAACUGCUUCUGUUUCUGCUCACUCAGCCGAGCAGGAAAGUGAAUGUAUGUAAAUCGAAUAUUUUGUACAAACAAAACCAAAAUGUUUAAAGGAAAAAUUAUGCUUUUAUAUCUUUUGACUAUCAAGUUAGUGGAACUCCACAAAAAGGGAACAUUUUUACAAUCAUUUGAUGUAUGAACUUUAGUCAAAUUGUGUUUUUGAGGAGACAAUAAAUUAUUUUUUCAGUCUUCAUAUAGUGUGAAAUAUCUCACAUUUAUUGUACCUCACUGGUGCUGUAGUGUAAACAAACACAAGCUGUGUUAUUGUGACAACAGCUAUUGUUUUGCCUUUUAUGGCAGCAGUGUUUGACCUCAGAGUUUUGUGACCUCUAUGACCUUCACUGAUUCUUUUUUUGAGUUUUCCUUUUGGAUUUUUGUCUUUUUGAAAAUAGUUUGUAUUUUGAUGUCUGUUAAAUUUUGUUAAUGAAACUGUUGGACACUCAUCGAUUGUGCUCCUGUAUAACAAAAAUCACCACCACAACUUCAAAUGACUUUGAUGAGUUCAAAGUUACUUAAAAUACUUGAACCUGGUUGCUCUACAUCAGAGAUUGCAUAUAUAUUUUUCCCUCACGAGUUUAUUACAAUGACCGCUUCUACGCCACAAACACCAGAGACAAAUUAAAGAAACUUAUCAACAAUG